ACUGCACCCACCACGACGAACAACAACCACCAAAAUUCAGCAUCCGCCUCCACGUCGAUUUUAACCUCUCGUCAAGGUCGUACACAACAACGUGAAUGGCGCGAAGAUCAUGAGGCAGAUGCCAACCGCGAGCGUCUCUUUUUCUCUCCUCCUAUGCGAAGGAGAGCAGACUCGCGCUUUCGGGAGCCUACGCCUUCCUGUAACAUUAAGGCUGGAUUUUCCAAGGAUCAUUUUCGAUUUCCAAGGAUCAUUUUCUUCUCCAGUUGGGGUUGGCCCCUUGGGAUUCUGAAGUGAUGAUGGCAAGGAAUGAAUUGUUUUAUUGCACUCUAAGAACAGACGAAACAGUGGAGCUGCUAUGGGUGCAUCUAGUACUUCUCCU